AUGGCGGGAAACAAAUAUGAUGACGAUGAGGAUCGCAGCAGGCGUAAGAGAAGUAGAGCGUUGGCUUUUAUCGACUACGCUGCCGAAGAAGGCAGCGACGAUGAAGAAGAAUACGAGGAUGAGAAUGUUCGCAGAGUUAAGAAACCGUCAAAAAAGAAGAAGAAGAAGCCAAAGAAUGAAUCUGAGGAUGAUGAAUCUGACGAUGAAGAGAAUUCUCAGGAUGAAAACGAUGACGGUUUCAUUGUCCAUGAUAGUGUUGAUCCAAAUGAUGAAGAGGACGCAAGAGAGAUGUAUCAUCGUCCUCUGCUACCAAAUGAAGAUGACCAGGAAGAUCCUGCAGAUAUUCAGAGAAGACUUAAGGAGAAGUACGGUGAUGCAGUAUAUUAUGAUGACGAUGAUGAUUAUGAUGAUGAUGAUGAUGCGACAGAGGUUGAACAGCAAGCUCUCUUGCCAUCUGUUCGUGAUCCAAAGUUGUGGAUGGUCAAAUGUGCGAUUGGUCACGAGAGAGAGGUGGCCACUUGCUUAAUGAAGAAAUGCAUUGAUUCAGGUUCCGAGAUGCAAAUUAAAUCUGCUAUUGCACUUGACUAUUUGAAGAACUAUAUCUAUAUUGAAGCUGAUAAAGUAGCCCAUGUCAAAGAGGCUUGCAAGGGUAUGCGUAGUAUAUAUCCCGGUGGUAAGAUUUUGCUCGUCCCUAUAAAGGAAAUGACUGAUGUUCUAUCAGCCGAGAGCAAAACUGUUGAUCUUCCCAGGGACACGUGGGUCAGAAUGACGGCCGGGACUUACAAAGGGGACCUUGCACGGGUUGUCGAGGCAGAUAACAUGAGACGGAAAGUUACAGUGAAAUUAAUACCAAGGAUUGACUUACAAGCCUUGGUAAACAGAUUGGAUGGUAGGGAAGCUCCAAAAAUGAAGAUAUUUACACCUCCACCGCGCUUUAUUAAUUUCGAUGAAGCAAGAGCAAUGCAUAUUCCCGUUGAGCAUAGGUGGGUUCAAAGGACUGGUGAUUAUUUUGAAAUUAUAAAUGGCAUGAAGUUCAAAGAUGGAUUAUUGUAUAAAACUGUGUCCAUUAAAUCGAUAAGCACUCAGAGUAUACAACCAAGUUUGGAUGAACUUGAAAAGUUUCGGCAGCCUGACGAGGAUGGGGAUGGUGAUGUUAGCUGGUCAACACUCUUAACUAAAAGACAGAAAGGACAUUUUAUGAAGGGUGAUCGAGUUAUUGUUAUAAAGGGGGAACUGAAAAAAUUGAAAGGAUGGGUGGAGAAAGUCGAAGAAGGGACUGUUCAUAUAAAAUCGGAUGAGGAUGGUCUUCCAAAAACUCUCUCUGUAAGUGAAAGAGAGCUCUGCAAGUACUUUGAGGUAGGGAAUCAUGUAAAAGUUGUUUCUGGUGCCCAAAAAGGUGUGACUGGAAUGGUAGUAACAGUUGAAGGUCAUUUGGUUAAUAUAGUGUCCAAUACCACCAAGGAAGUUCUACGAGUGUUCUCUGACUAUGUUGUCGAGAGUUCUGAAAUAACAUCUGGUGUCACUAAAGUUGGGGAAUUUGAGCUCCAUGAUCUUGUCCAACUGGAUAACGUCAACUUUGGAGUAAUCAUAAGAGUAGACAGUGAAGCUUUUCAGGUUCUGAAGGGUGCUGUGGAUAGAGCAUAUGUACAAAUUGUUAGGUUAAGAGACAUUAAAUACAAAAUUGAUAGGAAAAUGUCCGCUCAUGACCAUUAUAAGAACACGGUAUCAGUGAAAGAUGUAGUUAAGGUUCUGGAAGGUCCAUGUAAGGGGAAACAAGGUCUUGUCGAACACAUAUAUAAAGGAAUGCUAUUUAUAUAUGAUCGUCACCAUCUGGAGCAUGCUGGAUUUAUUUGUGCUAAGGCCCAAUCAUGCGUUUUAGUUGGUGGUUCCCGAGCCAAUGGUGAUAGAAAUGGCAAUCUGUUGACUUCAAGGCCUGCUCAUCUUAGCACUCCGACUCAUUUUCCUAAUUAUCCAGGAAGAGGAGGUCCACCACUACCUGGUGGGAGGCACAGAGGUGGUGGAAGAGGGAAAGAUUCACUAGUUGGCACAACCAUCAAAAUUCGGAUGGGUGCCUACAAAGGAUACAAGGGGCGGGUUCUCGAUGUCAGUGGAACAUCUGUUCAGGUUGAAUUGGAGUCACAAAUGAAAGUUGUUAGAGUUGAACGCAAUCAAAUUUAUGAUGUGAAAGCUACUACCCCGUACGGUGAAACACAUAGGUAUGGGUAUGAUGGAAGUGAGACACCUAUGCAUCCUUCACGAACCCCACUUCAUCCGUACAUGACCCCUAUGAGAGAUCCCGGAGCGACACCUAUUCACAAUGGCAUGAGGACACCUAUGCGUGACAGGGCAUGGAAUCCAUAUGCACCAAUGAGUCCUUCAAGGGACUCUUGGGAAGAAGGAAACCCUGGUUCUUGGGGAACUAGUCCUCAUUCAAGAGCAUAUGAAGCACCGACUCCUGGCACACCGAGGGAUACUACCUCUGCCUAUGCUAAUGCUCCAAGCCCUUACUUACCAUCAACGCCUGGUCGACAGCUGCCCAUGACACCUGGUACUCCCCGUGACCAACCAAUGACUCCUGGAGGUGGCAGUUUGGACAUGAUGUCGCCUGCAGUAGGUCGACAUAUAGAUGGAUCUUUGUUCCUGCCAGACAUAUUGGUAAACGUUCGCAGACCAGCUAAAGAUGCUGUCAUUGGUGUCAUCCGAGAAGUGCUUCUGGACGGUGUGUGUCGAGUAGCUCUUGGUUCAACUGGAUAUGGUAAUGUUAUCACUGCUAUGCCCAACGAGAUUGAGGUGCUAGUGCCAAGGAGAUUAGACAAAGUUAAGAUAAUAAAUGGAGCUGGUCGCGGGUCCACUGGGAAACUGAUUGGUAUUGAUGGCACCGAAGGAAUCGUUAAAAUGGAUGACAGUCAUGACCCUAUAAAUCCUAAAAUAUUAGAUAUGGAUAUUUUAGCCAAGUUAGCAACAUAAGUUGUGAUAUCGUUUUAACCUGGGUACAUACAAUUAUUUUAACUUUGUCUUG